AUGAGCGAGCAGGCAGUAGACCUGCUGGACAAGCUCAUCAUGCAGAAGGAGCUGCCUCGGGGCACGGAGGCCCUACCCCGCGGGAAGGUGGUCAAAGCCAAGGGGCUCCUCUUCAUGCUUAGUAAGAAGGUCGGGAUCGCUGCCUCCAUCCAGCACGGUCACGGCUUCCUCAUUGCCAAGCUCCCGGGUGUGGGCGGCGAGGACUCUUGGUCUGCCCCUGUGUUCGUGAAGAUUCGCUCGGGCGGGGUGGGUAUCACCCUCGGAGUGAGCGAGAUCAAGACCCUGGGCACCUCUGAUGCCGCGGAGCGCCCCGGCACCACCUUCGGCAGCCCUGCCGCGAUGCGAGACAUUGUGUCGUACUCCAUCGCGCAGGGGCACAUGGUCGACCUGAGCCUGAGAGGUGGGUGCCUGAGCCUGGAUGAGGAUGCCGCGAGGGCCGCAUACGGGCCGGGCGUCGACCAGGCCAAGGCUCUGACCGGGGACCUGGAGCUGCCCGCCCCCCUCAAGUCUCUGUAUGCUGCCCUGGACAAGGUGCAUGCUGACUACAAGGUAGAGCUGGUGGAACACGCCGAGGACAAGCGCUUGUUUUCCGGGGAGGACCCCAAGCUCAGACUGUUUUGA